CAUGGGCUCCCCCGGGGCGGCGGGCGAUGCUCGCGCGCGGUGGGUCCAGCGGCGGGGGCUCCUCGCCCUCCUCCCCUUCCCGGCGGGGAGCGGGGCCGCCGCGGGCGCGAUGCCCCCCGCCACGCCUCCCUCCUUCCCUCCCGCCCGGGCCAGGGGCAGACGCGGGUUUCGUAAGCGCUGCCCCGGCCGGCCCCGCCGCGCUCGGGUGGCCGCGGCAGAGCGGGGACCCCCGGGCGGUGGCGCGGCGCGAUGCGCGGCGCAGGUACUGAAAGUUUCAGGCCAGAGGUUUUCCUGUGCUCUCCAUAGCUGCUGCCUGGUGCUGCCCUGAGGAAAAGCAGUGUUGGGAAGGCGGGUGCUGCCCUAAGGAGAAGCGGUGCAAAGGCUGCUACCCCUUGCCUACGGAGUGUCAGGGCGAGGCUCAUCACAAGGCCUGCUGUGCUUCCCUGCACCGGCAGCCAUGGAGACCUUAUCCCAGGACUCUCUGCUGGAGUGCCAGAUCUGCUUUAACUACUACAGCCCCCGGCGGCGGCCCAAGCUGCUGGACUGCAAGCACACCUGCUGCUCUGUGUGCCUGCAGCAGAUGAGGACCAGCCAGAAGGACCUGCGCUGCCCCUGGUGCCGUGGGAUCACCAAGCUGCCUCCGGGAUACUCUGUGUCACAGCUGCCUGAUGACCCCGAGGUGAUCGCCGUCAUCGCGAUCCCCCACACCUCGGAGCACACCCCCGUCUUCAUCAAACUCCCCAGCAAUGGGUGCUACAUGCUGCCCUUGCCUCUCUCCAAGGAGCGGGCGCUGCUGCCGGGAGACAUUGGCUGCCGUCUCCUGCCCGGCAGCCAGCAGAAGUCCCUGACGGUGGUGACGAUCCCCGCAGAGCAGCAGCCGCUGCAGGGCGGCCUUCCCGCCGAGGCGGGAGCGGAGGAGCCGGACCGGAGAGGCGCCGUGAAAAGCUCCACCUGGUCAGGGGUGUGCACUGUGAUCCUGGUGGCCUGCGUCCUGGUCUUCCUCCUGGGCAUCGUCCUCCACAACAUGUCGUGCAUUUCCAAGCGCUUCACGGUGAUCUCCUGUGGCUGAGGCAGCAGGGGCUCUGCUCCCCCGGGGGUCGGGUUGGGUCGGUGGUGGUGGUAUUGAGCGAGACAAUUCCGUGCAGCUUUCCCCAGUGACUGCAGGACGCUGUGCACCGGGGCAGUGGUCCCUGGAGGGGUGGCAUCAGGCCUGUCGGCAGCCUGCGGAGAGAAUCACGUCCCGUGUCUGGCGGCAGUGGCACUGAGGAGGACUGCAUGUGUCACCGCAACCAUUUAUCAAAGGGACUGCAACUUCACAGUGAUUUUUUUUUAAUUGUGUUACGAGAUUAAAGACUCUAUGUAGCUGGUUAUACUGUGAACUAUACAGUAUAACACAGUAUAUUAAAAUCAAAACUGCUCCACAUAGAAUUAAAUGAGAACAGGCGCACAACUGUACGAGGUGUUCAAUACCGGUCCACACAUGCAUUAUUUUUUAAUGAGAGGAGGGAGGGAGACUCAUAAAAUGAAGAAAUCAUUUAGCUGGUAAAGCAUUUUAUAUGUUUUAAACGGAGCAUUAAUUAAACCAAGUUUAGGGAGUUGUAGGAUAGUUUUUAAAAGGAAGCAUUUUACAAGCAAUGGUUUCCUUCCUUGGUGUCUGUUUUUUGCCUCUGUUUUUCCCCCUUUUCUUUUAACUACAGGGAAGUGGUACUUCCAGCAUCUUUUAUUUGAAGGAGCUUUCAAGAAGGGACUCAAAGUGUGCUAGAAAGAAUAUUGAAAGUACAGUCAAAACAGUUCUGCCUAAUCAGCUUUAUGGGAAGGAUGGCGUUGCAUGGUAAACAUUGGACACAGUGUUUUACCUCCAGUCUGGGUGCAGACUUCCUGAUGACUUGACCUUCACAGCUGUUAGUGAAGAAAUAGGUCAUGAGAAAUCCUAGGACUCCUGCAAGGAUAUAAUAACACAUUGCUCUUAAUUUUCUUUUCCUGCAGGUUAGGUUUACUUAACUGUUUUUGAAGAAUUUAGACCUAUUUUGCCUCCCUCUUUCGUGGGAGUUGCAACUGUGCACUGAUGGGUGGUGUGACAGAGGUGUUGCUCUAAGAAAGCUUCACCGUUGAAACUGAGACCAAGGACUCUUGUGUGCAGUCAUCUAGUAAGAGGCAGUGACAUAUCUUGGAGAAGAAUCCAGGCCAGCCUAAGAUCUUGCCAGGUGGGCCACCCCUCCUCAACUGCUGUGGCUGUCCUGGUGUCAGAAUGUCUGGGUGAGCGUAACAGACCCUCUUCCCAUGUUUCAGUCUUACUAAUGUAGAUGAUUUCAUAAGGACAGAUUUGAAAAACAAACACAGGAAGUGUCUCCCUCCACCUGUGACUGUCAUGAAACCCCAGUCAUUUGCAGUUCACUUCUUGGGAAGAGCCAAAUUCCUGAAUGUCCACUGCAGUAGCACCUUGCUCUAAGCAGUCCUGCUAGCUUUAGUAGUACUGCUCAUACGUAAAAUAGAGCCCAGUGAGAAUUUAGGUAUUCGGCAAGUCUCAUUGCUGAAACGUACAUGAGAUUUAGGGAUUGGAUCAAGGGUCACGUGGCAGGCCUUUAAUAAGACAGAAAAAACUGUUGAUUUGCACUGCUUCUUUUUGUGAGUAUAAGGCAUAACCUCCCUGAAAUGUGUCCUCUUGCUGUCUGCCUACUGCUCUUUCUAAUUCUUGGAAAUAGCCAAAUGCCAUAUUAUAACAUAGUUUUGACUGUGCAGUGGCCAAGUUGGCUCCGUAGUCAUCCUUGCUUUUCUGGUUCUAUCACAAAAUCCAGUUGCUGGUUGACAAUAAACAUUCGCAGCUCACACUUCUGUCAGGAGCAUACCUCCGCCUUCAUGCUGGAUUUCUUUCCUUCCCUGUUUCUAAACCACCGUUUUCUUCCUUGAUUCCCAUGAACAGAAGAAUAGAAUAUAAGGUUCUUAGUUGUGAUGAUGUGUUUGGUCACGUAGGGAGAGGAACCAUUGUGCUGAUUUUUAUCUACUGUCAUACGUAUGCAUAGCACAGGAAAAAAGUCUCCAGAUAACACUGGAGAUGCCUUUUUUGUGCAAGGCCCAUGUGCAGUAUGCCUUGAACAUGGCUUGCAAAUACUGUAAUUACAUGGACACCUCUCUGCAGCAUGUUUCAUUUGGUUGCAAUAGGGAACACCCGGUAUUCCCAAAUGUAUCUUGUGAACAUGCUCAUCUCUUGUUGCCAGUAGCUAGCCAGAUUUCUACUGACAUCCAUGCUAUGCUGCUUAUUGUGUAAAGGAAAGCCAGUUCCCAAAAAUCCUGCCUUUUCUAAGACUCUUGAGGAGCUGACCAGACACAGGACUUGACCCUCUACUGCCUUAUCCUGUAGCGAUUGCUGGGUGUACCAGAAGCUUGUGGCAUAGGUGCAGGAUGUGCCGAGAGCAGUGCUGGUGCAUUUUGCAUCAGCUUCUGCAUUUGUUUAUCUGAGUUGUCAGUGAAUGCACAAAACCACGAGGCAGUCAAGGAGCAGGUCCUGGUGACACAGUGGUGGUAACGUUACCUCCUUCCAGCCAUACCUGCCCAACUGAAGCUCUUGAGGCCGAGGAUUCUCUGGCAUUGCAAAGAAAGGCCCUCUUCAUCUCCACAUGGAGAGUGCAGAAUAAAAGAGGAAUCAGAAAUUAGGUUAAAAUACCACACUGCAUAACACAUUAUACAACAGGCAGACCUGGAGUUUAUCCGGAAUUAAUGACGUGAGUGUUAUAUUAGCAGAAUACCAUCCUGUACUACGUAACACAGUACAUUGUUUUGUUAAUAUGAAUUUCCUGUACUUUUGUGCCUGCUGAAAUGCAUGUUUGACCUAAUUUCUGAUCCAGACAUUUGCCUGCUCACAGCCUUGUGUAAGAGCAAUAAGUAAAACCUCAAGAUUUUUGCCUGCGUGUAUGCGCAUGGUGUGUAUGUUCAUUCCUUUUUAUGAAUAGGAAUUCUGGAAAAGUUUUUGUUCUGGCUUUAGACUGUGACUAGAAUUUUAAAUUUGCAGCUCUCAUCUAUGUUAGAUCACCUAGCUUUUUGCUGACUUGUGUAGAAAUGAACUAAAUAGUUUGUUGUAAUGUACAGUGUUAAAAUGUUUCUCAAGUAUGUCAAUAGUCAUACUACUUUAAAAAUGCAGUGCAGUCUGUCCCAUUCCUUGGUUCAGUACCUGGCAUUAAAAAGUGAUACUGCUAAUUUUUUAUUAUUCUUUAAAAAACCCCAGUCUUGUCUGUAAUUUUUCCUUUGUGGAGAAACACAUUUGGACUUGUGCCAAAAUUGUCAGGUUCCAGGUUAGCUUUUGUUCUCUGGUGUCCAGUAAGAAGUCACUGCCCAGUUCCACCAAAAAGAAAGAAGCUUACUGUGACCCAGUACCGUUUGAGAAACCAAAACUUUAUGCUAAAAUGUGUGGGUAAUUAUUCAAGCACCUGCAUUUUUGGAGCACAUUACUCUGUAUGAAUGUGUAUUUAUUUGCUUGUUUAAUAGAAAGGAUGUGUGUGUUGGGGUCCAGCUUCAGGUUUUUUUCCUGGAUGGUCCCAACUUCCAUUGUUGGCUUGUGCUUUGCUGGCAAACAGACUUUAGGGUUCACUCUGUGAAAUUUUGUUUAGUGAAUUUUAAAAAUUCAAAAUAUGCAAUUUUGGUAUGCAGGAUUUUUUUAGGAAAUAGUGUGUUCAGUGAUUGUUCAUGCUUAACUACGAUGUAAAGGAGCCUGUAUGUUUUGUAAACAUGGAGCAGUCAUGAGUCCAAAGAUUCAUCUUUACUAAUGAAGCUCAUUCUGAAUAAAACGUUAGCAGGAAAAGAAUGAUAGCAAGUGAAUUAUGGCUCCUCUGUUAUUUUGCCAUCAAAUGAAGAGUGUGGAAGGGAAUUUGGCAGAAUUGCUCCAUAUUUUAUGAGAGGGUGGCUGAAAUUCAUCACUCAGCAUUUAAAGGCAACGUGUAAAUUAUGGGUUGUGGUAAAUAGUGAAAGGGCAUUCCGGUUCAAUUGGUAUGGAAUACAGAGUCAUAGCUGAUGACUACUGAGCCACAAGACUUUUUUCCUGUUUUAAUAAAAUUAAAAAUUUCAAGCUACUGCUUUGCUUAUAGGAAUGGGGGAUUGCUGGCCUUCACUUAAGCUUGCCUUGUGCAGACUGGUACACUGGUUCCCUCUUGCCUUGAGCCCCCCACUCCCUGUCACAUGACUGCUGGAGCCAUGGGCAGCCAGCCUUUUUUUCUAGUGCAAAUGAUUUCGUGGAGCAGAGAUGGUCAGUAUUACACACUGGUUUUGUUACAUUCACAGCAGGGCUGAAUGAAAACCAAACAAUUAAUACAUGGUAUGAAUUGUUCCAUAGAUGUCGCACAACCAAAAGCUCCAGGCACCAGUCUAUCCUGUAAAUUGUGCUGAGCCUGUGUUGUGUGGAUCUUUUCUCAACACUGCCAGGGAGUGGAGGCUGUUUCCUUGCACUCAUGAGAAUGCAUCUCUACCCACCAUCCACAGCCAAACUAGCUCCAGGGAAUGGGGCCUACUGCAAUGAGACACUUGCAUGGUACUGCAGAUGUUCACGUGUCGAGUAAAAACCUCUCUAGUAAGUGUUGGGGUUGAAAUGCCUCCUUAUCCCAAUUGCACAGAAAGUGUGGCUUGAUGUUUGUUUUUCCCAGACCUUUUCUAUGGGUGGAUGAAGGGGGAAGGGAGGGAAGAAGGUACAUGGCAGCAAAUAAAUCCCAGCAACUGCUAGCUAGGAAGCUGCUGAAAGAUCAGCUGGCCCUGAAGGCAAAGUUUUUGUGCAAGAGCUUCAGUAGGACAAGAUUGUCUGUAAAUGUAGUGGAUUUAGAACAUGUUAGUGACCUUUCCUGUGCUGUACAGUGUUCGUAGGCCUGACAGCUGGGCUUGUUGUGUUCUCUCUCUUUGUCACUUUACCUCUUGGAUGCUUGUGUCAACAAGCAAAGCUUUUUGCUUCAGCCUCAAGUUGAACAAUUUUCAAGACAUUUCUUAAGUUGCCCUGAGCAACUCUAAUGAAAAACCUAACCUUCCAAUAUCAGUGAAAUUUAAUACUUAAUGAAUGUUCAGAAAACGUAUUUUUUAAGCACUGUCUUGUCCUUCAAUAUAUUUUUAUUGUAGUUCUAAAUCCUAUAAUUUUUUGUGCUAAUCAUGUUCCUGAAUAAUAGCAGAGUCAAUUCAAGGGAUUAGUUAAGAUCCAC